AAUUUUAAUGGAGAAAUGUAGGUGCUUCCCAGAGAUAUUCAAAUAACAUAGAUGAGGCUACUAUUAUCGUAAUCGUAAACGAAGACUCUGAAGAGAGAGAACCAGACAUCGCAACGAAAUGUCUACGCUAAGCUUUCCACCCGUUCUAACUUCUCCCAAAGACGAUGCUAUUCACCUUUACCGUGCUUUUAAGGGGUUUGGUUGUGAUACAGGAGCAGUGAUCAAUAUUCUUGCUCAUCGGGAUGCGACACAGCGUGCUCUUAUCCAACAAGAAUACAGAGCAAUGUAUUCUGAGGACAUCCUAAAACGUUUAGAGUCAGAGCUUAGUGGCAGUUUAGAGACAGCAAUUAUUCUCUGGAUGCAUGAUCCGGCCACACGUGAUGCCCUAAUUGUCAAGCGGGCAUUAAAUCCAGACAUACUGAAUCGAGAAGCUGCUACCGAAAUAAUAUGUUCUCGCACUCCAUCCCAGAUCCAGCAUUUUAAACAAAUAUACCAUUCCAGAUUUGGAGUUUACCUUGAACAUGAUAUUGAAAGAUACACUUCUGGGGAUCUUCAAAAGCUUUUACUAUCAUAUGUAAGCACACAACGCUAUGAAGGUCUGGAAGUUGAUAGAGCGACGGCUGUAAAGGAUGCAAAGAGUCUGUAUAAAGCAGGGGAGAAGAAAUUAGGAACUGAUGAGAAGGCUUUCAUCCACAUAUUCAGCGAACAAAGCAGAGCACAUUUGGCUGCUGUUGCUUCUGCUUAUCGUGACAUGUUUGGCAACUCACUGAAAAAGGCAGUAAAGAGUGAAACGUCUGGAAAUUUCGAGCACGGUCUUUUGACAAUAUUACGUUGCUCUGAGAAUCCUGCGAAGUAUUUCGCUAAGGUGUUGCAUAAGGCAAUGAAAGGACUAGGAACCAAUGACAGCACACUUGUAAGGGUGAUUGUGACGAGGACUGAAAUAGAUAUGCAGUACAUCAAAGCUGAAUACCUCAAGAAGUACAAAACGUCUUUGAAUGACGCCGUUCAUUCGGAAACAUCGGGCCAUUACAGUACUUUCCUUCUCUCGCUCUUGGGUCCCAACCAUUAGCCGGAUGAUUGACUAGUGCUUUAUGGGAUUUAGAUUUAGAAAAAUCAUUCAGAUCGUGUCGCGAAUGCUGAGCUAAGAUGCGCGUUUUCGUUUCUGCAAGUAUUGUAUUUUGCAUGCAGACAUGAGCAUGACAACAAUUUGUGUUUUUCUGUGUUGUUAAUAUGCGUGACUACUGAUACCAUUAUGUUGGAGCUUCUUUCACUUGGGUGUUAUGUUGGGAGAUUGUUAAAAUUGAGUGCCAGAAGUUCCAUAUUGGAUAUCUAAAAGGAAGCUUCAUGCUUUAUAUAGUUUUGUAUGCAAUAAUGAAAUGCUUGUGAAUAAUAUAUGCCCCUAAUCUACACCAUUGGACGGUGCUUGCAUUGCUUCUAGUGUGCACGGCACUUUGCACUUGCGGAAUUUC